CUGUGCCGGCAACAAGUGUGGUGACGCAGUGCUGACUUUUUUUUAAACUCUCAUUCAAUUUUUUCUUUAAGGAAUAACUUCCCAUUCUCUUUUUUUGGGGGGGAUUUACCGCCGUUUGAAGUGCGUGGAUUUUAGCCAUGCGUGCGGCCGUCUCUCUCGCGUCCCUUGUGCACAGUCUCGUUGCGUGAGGGAUAAGCGAGUGUCUCGAUCCUGCGUGGCGUGUGCUAGGACCAAGGGAAGUCUCAGUGAGCUUUGAUUCUGACCUUUGGGAUCAUGGACGUCUAUGCCUCGUUAGUGAUCAGGACUUGUAGGCUCCGGGCGAGGAAGACGGAAUUCCCAGGAAGAAAGUGAUAAUCAUAUCAUAUAUCUAAGACCGGAGAUGUGAUUGUAAAAACGAUAUGAUAAAAAGAUCAGUUCAAGUGAAAACAUAAAAGGAACUACUGAGAGUAUGAUAUAAAGAUUUAAAAGGUAAUAUAAAUCAUACACGUUGUAGAAAUAUACCGUAAUGACUGAUAGUAAUGUCUACUUGUCAUAAAUAAGAAAAUAGAUUAAAACCUGUUAAUGCUAAAAUAAAAUAAAAAAUAUCGGUCAGUGCAGAAAAAAAUUAUCAGAUAUGAGUUAGAAGAAAAAAGACAAACUAAAAGUGAUAUUUCUUCAUCGCAAAUAACAAAGAAAAAUGACAUUAAUCUGUCAGUAGGAAAAAAGUGACAUGACAUCUGAAAACUUGGAUAAUAAAUGAACAAAAACAUGUUGUUUGACGGACAACGAGGAAACAAUUUGGCCCUCUGUUGAGAUCAAAGAAAUGUGAGAGAUGAGAAAAAUAGAUAUGUGAAAGAAUAGAGAAAAAAGGGAGUAGAUAAAGAAAAUAGGGAAAGUAAGAGAAACAAAAGAGAUCAGACAAUAGAAGCGACAUACUAAAAGAAAAAUAUUGAAACGGAAGUGAAAGAGAGAAAGAAAAGAAAAGAAAGAAAAACAGAAAGAGAAAUACAAUAAAAGAAAAGAAAAACAAAGUGAACACAGAUUUCAAAGAACUGAAAGAGGCACAGAAACCAAAAAAAGAAAGAAAAAAAGAAAGAAAGAAAGGAACAAGGGAAAUGGAAUAACGAAUAAAAGACAAGAGACAAAAGAGAGAGAGAGAGAAAAAAAAAAAAAAUAGCAUCGCAUCAGGUUUCAUUAUCUGAUAAACAUAUCUGUGUAAGUCUUAUAAAGGUCAUAAUACAUCGGUGUAAUAGAGCAUUGCCUUUGCGCCGUGCAGGGUUUGGCAGCUAAAUAGAGUGCUGGAAGGACUUGCAUGUUGGGACCUUGCGAGGGGAUCCCCGACGUGGAUGGAAAUCCCGAGUAAGGGCGGCCAGCGUGGGUUAAAAUGACCCACUGACCUCAGGACCUUCCAGGGGAUCCUUGGCCCUUGAGUUCCGCGUAGGGCGUCGGGCGGAGCAUCUCCUCAUGGCAGAGCGCCCCAUGUACCCGUGGCUCUCGCCCCCGAGCAUCAGGACGACCCUCAAGCUCCCCGACCGCUCCCCGACGCUGUCCGUGGGCGCGGGCGGGAGCCUGUCGACGGGGGCGGCGCACCAGCAGAGUCCCUCCCUCGGCUCCACGCUCUCGCUCCCCCUGUGCAGCGAGAGGUCGUCCAGCCCGUCGCGCACGUCGUCGUCGCGAGGCUCAACGUCGUCCUCGUCGUCGUGGUCGUCGCAAUGGUCGUGGAACACCUUGCUCUCGAACCCCUCCCUUUCGGAGGCCCUCCUCCCCCCCGAGGCCUGCCAACUGCACUGCCUCUUCGCCCACCCCAAAGGCCUCGUGCAGGGAAGGGACGGACCAGGAGGAGGCGGAGGAUACAUGAACUUGCCUUCCCCGAAUGUGGCAGCGGAGGAAAGCGACCCCCCUCUGUUCCGGCGAGAGGGGGAGGCAUCGGACUCCGAGGAUGCGGGAGAGGAACUUGGGCCCCCAGCCUCCGCCCUGACCCGCCGCCGUGCCCUCGUGCCCCCGAAACUCCUCACGGACUCUCCUAACUACGACCAGCAUGAACACGACGUGACGACCACCGUCAACGGGUGCAAUGAUAGCAACUUGGCACGGAAUAAGCGGCGCUCCAGCAUUGUUGUCAUCCCCCCCAUGCAAAUCUGUCCAGGCGAUCUUCUUGUGUAUUCAAAAGUGCUCACUCAAAGGACCAAUCUCUUAGCUGGAGAUCUAGAUGGAUCAACACAAAGUUUAGCUGUGACAGAUACAGAUCCAGUUGGAAGUAGAAAAGGGAAAAACACCUGGUCAUUACUGAGACUUUUCGAUCGUUCCAGCCGCGCCAAGUCCGAGUCGCUCUCGGGCCUGGAGGAGGUCCUCAGCUGCCUCCAGCCGAGCGAGUUCGAGGACGAGCAGCUGUCGAGGUUCAAGGGCAUGUGCUGGAACGACUUCGUGUCGUACAUGGAGGGCGGGCCGCAGGGCGACGACGAAUCCUCCAUCUCGACCGAGUCCCAGGACACGCCCCUCCUCCGCGACACGCCCUCGCACUCCUCCUUCGCGGCCCACAGCAUCCGCUCCCCCUUCAUCACUCCCUCCAAGGGCGACUCCCGCGCCGACGCCGCCGCCGAGAAGCUGGACCGGCUGUCGGCCCUCUCGUGCCUUGACCCCGAGACGCCCCUGCCGCGCAAGCGCCACCCGAUGACCAUCAUGCGGACCAUGAGCGAGAGGUCGCUGGACCGCGGCCGCACCAGCCAGCUCCUGAGCCUGCUGAGCGAGCGCGCCCAGGCCCGGGCGGCGACCAAGCUGGCCACCUGCAGCAAGCCCGCGCCGCCGCCGCCGCCGCCGCCCGCGCCCCUGCCCUGCGUGGAGCGGACGCUGGAGGCGGCGCGGGACAACGCCCGCGUCUCGCUCAACAAGAACGAGACGAAGCGGCGCGAGGCCGUGUGGGACCUGUUCCAGUCCGAGUGCGCCUUCCUCUACGACCACCUCAUGGUCCUCAAGAACGUAUACAUGGAACCACUCAAGAAGAUUCAGGUGGAUGGAUAUGCCAUGUUCGCUGAGCCUGAACUCCUGUUUGGCAACUUGGACGAGCUGUGCUGUGUCACCUACGCUUUCUGCAAGGAGUUUAUCAACCUUCUCGAGCAACACCAGGAGCCGGGAGGUCGGCUGGACACGACGAAUGUCCUUGUGAAGCUAUUUCAAAAGGGAAGUAAAGCAACUAUGCUCUGCCAGGCGUAUCAUCGCUAUGCCCUCAACUACAUCAAUGCCCUUAACUACCUGGAAACACUUCGACGCCAGCUGGAGUUCUGUGAGUUUGAGAAGUGGUGCAACAGAGACCCAAGAUGCAAGAAACUGCAACUGACGGACCUCUUGGUAGCCCCGGUCCAGCAUAUCAUGAAGGUCCCAUUGAUUCUGCGGGACAUCGAGGGCCGAACCGAGGAGCCGCAAGAGAAGGCAGUCGUGAGGGAGAUCAUCGAGGCGGAGGAACACUCGCUGAGAGAACUCGACGACAAAAUGAAAUGGCUGAAGAAUUUCGAGCGAUUAUUGGAAAUCCAGAGGAACAUCGUGUGGCCUCCGGUGACUGAGCUCGACCCCAAAGUCUUCAUUCCCGAGUUCUUGAAGGGUGCCAUCUCGAAGCAACCAUGUGAACGUCUCAUCGUGUCACCAAGACGUCAGAUAAUUCUUGAAGGAUCUUUGCACUUAAUGGACAACAACAAACCCCAGGAGAUGUACGUAAUACUUUUCGACGACAUGUUACUGAUCACGCGAAGGAAGAAGGGACUCCAUAAAAAGAAAUCCUCGCUGACGGAGAACUGGCCGACGUCGUGCUCGCGGGCGUCCACGACGGGCGAGUCUGCCCUGCGCUACAUCGUGUACAAGCAGCCCCUUUCCCUCGAUCGCUUCUUUAUCCACGACGUUUCGCCCCACGAGUCAGCGGCGUCCAAACUCGAGGCGGCUUUCGUGCUCGUCAACCUGAACCGCUUCCAGCAGAUCGUGGCGGUGUACACGUUCCAGGCGCAGACGGAGCAGAUCAAGCAAACGUGGCUGCUGAAGCUGCGAGACGCCCAGGACAAGUGGAAGCGGACGCUGCAGAACACGGUGUUCCGGACCCAGCGGCUGCCCUCCUCUGCCGCCUCGCCUCCCAAGGGCACGCAGGUCCUCCGCGAGGCCAGCAUCCACCGGGAGUAUCCUUAGGUUCCUGAGACAUCAGCACCCUCAAUACUGUUUGAUUUCUAUGUAUUCAUUCGUUUGUUUAUUCAUCUUUUAAACCUAUGAUCGUAAGCUGUACCUGAUAUUCAAAGCCCGUGCUACGUAUUUGCUAAAAGUGUCUAAACUCUUGAGCCAUAUUCAUAUUCAGUGUUAUUGUCAUCAAAAUCCUCCAAUGUUCAUGUCAACUACGUCAUCAUGAGACUAGAUUCAUACGUUCAUACUGUACUUUCAUGAAAGUCCAUCCUUUUUAGAGACACUUGUACUUCCGCGUAUAUGUAAGGUUCCUUUGAAACACUGUACAUAGAGCACCUCACUUGUAACUUAUCCAUGUAAUAUUUAGCAAUACCAUCAUGUAGAAUGGUAGGGUUGUACUAGACAUACAAGAGCCCUUACCAAUGCGAUUUAUUUUUCAUAUCAAAAAAUAUAAUACAAAAAAAGAUGAAAAAAAAAACUUUCCCAUAAAUCAAGACUUCAGAAGCAAUACAGGACAACAACCAAUCGGAGUAGAGUAUGUGUUGUGCAGACGCUGGGAUUACAGUUUGUGUAUGUGUCGUAUGUCGUGUAUUUUCCUGCACACACACACACACACAAACACAUUCUUCAAAUUCAUGGCACACGCGUAUACACAUUCACACUGAUACAAC